AAAAUCAUCCCAAAAGGAGAAAAACAAACAAAAAACAAAACAAAACAAAAACCAAAAAAACAAAAAAAUAAAUGGCAAGAAUUUCACUAGGGAUAUGUCUGAUGUUAGUAGUAGCAUCAAGUGUGAUCUAUGAAGCGCAAGGAACGUUCUUACUAAACCAUUACUUGAAGAAGAAUUUUCCAAAAAAAUGCAACGAGUUUACGCCUUACGCUAACAAGGGUAUGAUAACGUUGGUGACCGAUCUCGAAGGUAGCAGUCCGGCCACUACAGAGUUCAAGACUUUCUUUACACAGUUCAAGUCUUACAUGUCUUUCAUCGAGACAACAUCGGCCUCAACAAAAAAUGUUGAUGCCGAGAUGACAGCUAAAUGUGACGGUCUUUUCAAGGCCAUGUCUGCAUUGAGUGCUAGUAAAGGCGUCAAAUCAGCGGAUGCUGGGAGUAUGAAGAUGACCAUGUUGUCGAUGGGAAAGACUUUGGUUGAGCAGAAGAAGAAUACAAAGAUAAUGACAUUGAAGGAAAAGAAAGAGUUGGUCAUAGAUAUGGUGAAAUGGACUAAAAUGGUCGCUACAUUUGUGAAGUCGGCCUCCGAGCAGAAAGGAAAGUCUAUCAAUAUAGCAUCUUAUGGUCUUGAUGUCGAUGUUAACGAUAGUUCUAUUGUCGGUGGAGCUGCAAGUAGUGAAUCAUCCUCCACUAAAUCUGGAUCUGUUUCCAGUAGCGGAAGUGUUUCUACCAAGUCGAAAGAAUCGAGUAGUAGUGGAAGUUCUGCCAGUGGAAGUGUUGCUACCAAAUCCAAAGAAUCCAGCGGUGGAAGUGCUGCUACCAAAUCCAAAGAAUCUAGCGGUGGAAGUGCUGCUACCAAAUCCAAAGAAUCUAGUGGUGGAAGUGCUACUACAGGUAAAACUUCGGGCAGUCCGAGCGGAAGUCCUAAGGCCAGCCCAUCUGGUUCAGUUAGUGGCAAAUCAUCUUCAAAAGGAAGCGCAAGUGCUCAAGGAAGCGCAAGUGCUCAAGGAAGUGCAAGUGCUCAAGGAAGCGCAAGUGCUCAAGGAAGUGCAAGUGCUCAAAGAAGAGAAAGUGGGGCAAUGGCUAUGUCCAAGAGCAGAGAAACAAAGACAUCGAGCCAAAGACAAUCCAAAUCAUCGAGUGAAAGUUCAUCUUCUAGCACAACCACCACAACAGUGAAACAAGUCGAGAGUGAGACUUCCAAAGAAGUAAUGUCAUUCAUAAUGCAACUCGAGAAGAAGUAUGCAGCAAAGGCGGAACUCAAGGUCUUCUUCGAGUCUCUAAAGUCUUCCAUGCAAGCUUCCGCAAGCGUUGGUUCCAAAACCGCGAAAGACUAUGUUUCUGCCUCAAAAGCAGCCACUGGUAAACUCUCCGAAGCCAUGGCUUCAGUGAGUUCCAAAAAUGUCAAAUCAGCAAAGAUGAAGAGCAACUUGGACACUAGCAAAGAUGAAAUGCUGAAGUGUGUCAAACAAAUUCAAGAUAUCAACGGUAAAAUGGUGAGUGGCAAGACCGUGUCAUCAACACAACAGUCAGAGCUCAAGCAGACAAUCACCAAGUGGGAAAAGGUCACCACCCAAUUUGUUGAGACCGCUGCUUCUUCAAGUUCAUCGUCAUCCUCAUCCUCAUCCUCAUCCUCAUCUUCUGCUGCUUCUCAGCAGCAGGGCAAUGCAGCAAUGGUCAAGACUAAUUGAGUUUAAAGGUGAAGUUACUUUAUUGCGCAAAAGAUCACCAAGAAAGACACAACCAGUAAUGCCAAAUAUUAUAAUAAGUAGUUAACUAUUAGAUAAUUUUUCUUGUAAAUAAAACUAAGAUCGGUAUAGGUAAGCAUUGCAUGCUUAUAAACCGAUGUAUGCAAGUAAUAACUCUGUAAAAAAACGUUACAGAUAGAUUGUAACCGCUUUGUAUGUUAACAUACAAAAGUGAGUGAUACCUAUGAAAGGGAUUUUUGAAUACUCAUCUUCUCCUUUCAAGAAAAUUAGGUCUAAUUUUAAGAUCUACCGAAAUAUAAUCGUAUGCAUUUAAAAGAUAUGGGACUUAAAGAGUGCAACGUAGGACAUUACAAAAAUGGAUUAUGUUGCGUAUUAUUUUUUUACUUCAUAUGAUUAUU